ACGUCCCUCCAAGGCCAAGGUUAAUGUUUAAUCCCCUCCACCAAGACCCAGGUGGGCACCGGGUGCCCAUUCCCAGGGGUGCCCUUGGGUGCUCCCGAUACUGGCGGGGAUUUAAGGCCGGCGAGUGCCCUGGACAGCCACACUUGAGCCAUGGCUGCAAUGCUGAGCCUCGUCCUGCUGCUGGUGGCCGGCGGUGUUCACGCCGCGGUGCUGCCGGACUCCCGGGUGGUCAAUGGGCAAGAUGCGGAGCCCUACAGCUGGCCCUGGCAGAUCUCGCUGCAGUACGAGCGGGACGGCACCUUCCACCACACCUGCGGGGGCACCUUGAUCGCUGCCAACUGGGUGAUGACGGCCGCGCACUGCAUCUCCAAAUCCCGCAAGUACCAGGUGGUGCUGGGCGAGUACGACAUGAGCGCCGGGGAGGGCCCCGAGCAGCGCAUCCCCGUCAACUCCGAUGACAUCUUUGUGCACCCCAAGUGGCUCAGCUUCUGCGCGGCCUGCGGCAAUGACAUCGCCCUGAUGAAGCUGCAGCGCCCGGCCGCGCUCUCGGCGGAGGUGCAGGUGGGGCGGCUGCCGCCCGCAGGCUCCAUCCUGCCCAACGGGUACCCCUGCGUGCUCAGCGGCUGGGGACGGCUCACCACUGGGGGGUCACUGCCGGACCGGCUGCAGCAGGCAGAGCUGCCUGUGGUGGACUAUGAGCACUGCACCCAGCCCGACUGGUGGGGGGCCCUGGCAAUCCGCCAAACCAUGAUCUGUGCCGGCGGUGCUGAGAAGGCUGGAUGCAAUGGCGACUCUGGGGGCCCCCUGAACUGCCAGGCUGAGGAUGGGACCUGGGAGGUCCAUGGCAUUGCCAGCUUCGUGUCGGCCCUGGGCUGCAAUGCUGCCAAGAAACCCACUGUGUUCACCCGAGUGUCUGCCUUCGAGGACUGGAUUGCAGAGACCAUGAGAGACAACUGAGCGUGGCAGCAUGCUUGUCAUCGACCCCCCAGCCUGGCACUAGGCAAAUAAAUCAUCAACAGCUGGC